AUGAGGCAUCACAAUUAUAGUUCUCCAGAUGGGUUUAUCUUGCUGGGCUUUUCUGAUCACCCUGAACUGGAAAUGGUCCUCUCUGGAAUUGUCACAGUCUUCUAUUUAAUCACUUUGAUAGGAAACACAGCUGUUAUCCUUGUAUCUCUUCUGUAUCCUCAGCUCCAUACACCUAUGUAUUUUUUCCUCAGGAACUUAUCUUUCUUAGACCUGUGCUUUACCACCAGCAUUAUUCCUCAGAUGCUGGUAAAUUUAUGGGGACAAGAUAAGGCUAUCAGUUAUGUGGGCUGUGCCAUCCAGCUCUAUGGCUACAUGUGGUUUGGAUCUGUGGAGUGCCUUCUAUUGGCUGUGAUGUCCUAUGACCGCUUCACUGCUGUCUGCAAACCCCUGCACUAUUUAGUUAUCAUGAACCCACAGAUCUGCCUUCAGAUGGUGUCUGCAGCCUGGGGGAUCAGCUUGGCUAAUUCUGUUGUGCUCUGUACAAUGACUCUGAAAUUGCCAAGAUGUGGAAAUCAUAUCCUGGACCAUUUUCUCUGUGAACUUCCAGCUCUGGUCAAGAUAGCCUGUAUAGAUACUACAGCAAUAGAAAUGACUGUAUUUGCUUUGGGCAUUAUCAUAAUCCUGAUACCUCUUUCCUUCAUCCUCAUCUCCUAUGCCUUAAUUGCCAAAGCUGUGAUAAGGAUGAAGUCAGCAGUAGGUCGGAAGAAGGCAAUCAAUACAUGUGGUUCUCACCUCACAGUGGUAUCCAUUUUCUAUGGAACUAUAAUUUACAUGUACAUGCAACCAGGAAACAGUGCAUCCAAGGACCAAGGCAAAUUCCUUACCCUCUUCUAUACUAUUAUUACUCCCAGCCUCAACCCUAUUAUAUACACCCUCAGGAACAAAGACAUGAAGGGGGCAAUGAAGAAACUGGUAAAGGGAGAUAAAGGAUCUCUGGAAAUUGGGGGGCAUUAG